AUGGCGCACCUGGCCCGCGACUUUGCUGAGCUGCCCACCCCGGCCGCGCGCCGAGCGGCAUUAGACGCCAUUGUCGACCGCCUCACCACGCCCGAGUGGAGGGAGCUGCUUGCGCGCCUGCGCCAGCGCGACUUCCGCUGUGACGUCGUCGGCGCCUCGCCCGUUGAGCUCGUCGCCCACAUCUUCCGCUUCCUCCCCCCGCACGCCCCCUUUCUGUACCAGCGGGUGAGCCGUCAAUGGCAGCGCCAGCUGUCCUCGUCCCACGUGACCGGCUGCGCCAUUGACAGCUGGUACUCCGACGACGACCGCAGACUGGCCGGCGAGGCGGCCGGGUUGUAUAGCAAUCGGCUGACGGUGCAGAAGUGGAAGGCGGACCACGUGAAGCGCUUCCGCGAAGGCCGCCCCUACCACGGCACCUUCUACUACGGCACCUGGAACGUCAAGCUGACUGCUCCCGACCGCGGUGAGUUCCCGGAAGCCGACUUCGCCCAGGACACGCUUGCGUGGAAGGUGCUGAGGAGAAUUGAGGCGUUCAACUUUCGGACUGGGGAGCAUCACUCCAUCAUGACAGAUGCCCGCGAGCAGAUCGGCGCCAUGAAAUUGACCGAGAGUCUUGUUGCCUUCUUCACACUGUUCUCCCGAGUUUGCCACAUAUAUGAUCUUCAGACAAAGGAACGAACUCAUUUCACACUCCACAACCAGAACUUGGACGUGUUUGCUGCCCAGGGCCGGACGGUCCUCGUGGCCUCCGAAUCUCGCAAUCCCUCCUGGAGCACCCGCUUGAACAUCCAUCUUUGGAAUGCUGUUGAAAGACGCACGCGUUCGUUUGAGAUCAAUCGAGUCCGCCUCGUCGACGAGGGCCGGCCUUACCAGUACAUGCCCAAAUGCGUCGUCAUCGACGAACGCACCCGCUCAGUGGUGUGGUUCUUCUGUCUUCGCAAAGAGACCAAGAAUUGGCUUUCGUUCGAACGUUGGUCGUUCGAGGGAGUCCUUCUGGGAAGGUAUGAACACAGGGAAAGUGUGUCGGUGUACUCGCUGCGGACGGCGGAUAUACGACCGAUGGACUACGAAGGCCGCUUGUACCACAUCAAAACCCCGGUCCGACCAUUUGGGUACCGUGAGGAACCCGUCUUCGCACGCACCAUGACCACCAUCGUCUUCGACAACGAGCUGAACCAAAUCUCCAUCAAGACAUCCAACGACGCUCUUGGAGCGUUCCGCAAUGAGUACUUCAGGAAGAUGCCUUUCGACAAGUUCACAAUCUGUCUUUGGAAAGACGUCAUGCUGUACAUGCCGCCAGCCGUUACUGACGAGGAAGCUCGCACGAAAGACAGCACCUGGGGCCCGCAGACGUAUCAGACGCUGGAGCGACGGGGGAUUCACCACGGGAUCAUGGACAUCCCCGACGACAUGGCGCUGGAGCACAGUGGCAUGCCGGGAGACGAGACUCUGCUGGGGAACGAGCACCUGUUGGUGCUGAUUCGGCGCGGCUACUGUGCCGUGUGGUGCUUUGAUCCGCAUCUGCAGCUGCCGGAGCGGGUGCCUGUAGACGACCCGCUGUGA